AUGAUUAAGAUGAUCAAAGUGGCAGGUUUUUGCAGGCGGGAGCGACUCCCCCGCGCCAGUGGCAAAUUCGCCGCCGCAUGGCUAGGCAAGAGCUACAGCACAGCGAAGAUGGACAGCGUCGCGGCGAAGACGGACAGCAUCACAGCCGUUGACAACAAGUACAUUUACAAUGUGUACAAAUUAGAUAAAACAUACUACAACAAUUUGAAGGUAAUAAACAGCUACGAUGAAUACCACAAUUUGGUCGUAAAAAAUGAGUACUUUAAGGACUACUCCAAAUUGGGAAACAAGUUUAAUCAGGGAGAAACGUGGGAGCAUAAUGGGGAAGAUUUGGCGGACGGAUUUAAACCCUCCAUGGAGGAAAGAAAGGACGCAGUGAGAACCGAUUUAGGAAAAAUGAAGAAAGAAAAUGAAGAAUGCACAAAUGUCAUUACGUCCACCGAUUUACAGGUGCUAUACUUUGGUAGCUAUGAAAAUAACAUUAGUGUUCUUUUAUUUGAGAAAUUUAAAAGUAUCAUCGAAAAGAAUAAAAAGUUACAAUUUUUUUUCCUGGAUGUUAAUGUCUGCCCACAGUGUUCUUACAAUUGUGAUGUUACCUAUGUGCCUUGUGUUUGUUUAAUAUAUAAAAAUCAUUUGUAUAGAAAAAAAUUAGAGAUCAAUUAUGAAAACCCCAUUGAUGAUAAGUACCUCGACGAGUACUUAAGUUCUGUGCAGAAGAGCAUAGAUUCGUUUCACACGUACAACAAUAAGUUUAUUUACAAGUUGAAGAAGCAGAGCAAUUACCUGAACACCAAAUAUAUAGAUGUGGACAACCAGAACAUCCACAAGGAGAACUGGAACACCUUCUAGCGGGGUUUUCUGCAUCGUUGUGAUGAGCUAUGCAUCAGCGCAGCGACGUAGGGGUAUGCGCUGAGACGCAUGUGGAUGUGCCCCGUUGCAAAGUAGUUCCUCCACGCGUGGCUACCUUUUCUUGCGGCGUGCCUUUAUUCGUUACGACCCGUUCUUAACCGAGGUCAACCAGGCUGCCUCUAUUUUUUUGCGCCACAGAAGUCAUCGUGGUUGAAUUUGCACAAACUGCGUAAAGAGCCCCACAUGGUUAUAAUAAGCACCACUUGUGGGGGGACGAAAGUGUCUGCGCCUACGCAUACGAAUAU